GACCCCAACGCCCCUAAGCGUGGUCUUUCCGCCUUCAUGUUCUUCGCAAACGAAGCGCGCGAGAAUGUCCGCGAGGAAAACCCUGGCAUCAAGUCCGAUGAUGUUGGCAAGAUCGUUGGCGAGAAGUGGAAAAGCUUCAGCGAGGAGCAGAAGGCCCCAUUCGAGGCCAAGGCUGCUGUGGAAAAGAAGCGUUACGAAGAGGACAAAGCUGCCUACAUCGCU